AUGGGCUAUUCUUGCUAUUUUCUAUUUGGACGUUACACAGAAGCAAUCGACACAAUGGCAUCGAUUAUUUCAGCCUUGAAAAGCGAUGAUGACUAUUGGUCUAACAAUGUAUUAUCUUAUUCAACUUCAGCAGGCGUAACCUGUCCCAUUUUAGUAUUUUUACUUAGUCGGCUCAAUCUGAAUAAAAUUCAGUUUGAUUCAAUUGUUAUCGUAUUUUAUACUCUAUUUCAGCAAUAUCGAAUGAUCAACCGGUGGGAUGAGGCAGCUCGUCAUAUCAAUGUAACCAAACAAGUGUGUCGAGAUAAACGAAAUCAGUAUAAAUCAAAUUCAUUAAUCCUGCUGGCAGUGACUUACAUGUGUCUCGGUAAUUUGACAGAAGCUUUAGAGUCUGGAGGAAUGCGAUACCGAUGGACAUGA